AUGCUGCCGCUGCCGGUCGUAGCUGUCGUCGUCGUCGGCGCUGGCGCCCUGCUGCUGCUGCCGCUCCUGCGCUGGUUCUUCGCGCCCGUGACCAUGGCCAAGGCCUACGCAGCCGCGCAUGAUGCGACCAAGUACCGCUCCUACACGGACCCGACCACGCCGGGCACCACACUGGUGUUUCCGUGCCUCUCGGCACCGGCAACGCGCUGCCUCUCGCUCAUCGUGCCUGCGUUCAACGAAGAAGAGCGCAUCGAGCCGAUGCUGGACGAGACGAUCGCGUACCUCGAGGGCCGCGCGGCCGCCGAUGCGUCGUUUACGUACGAGAUCAUUGUCGUCGACGACUGCAGCACGGACAAGACCGUUGCCGUCGUCGAAGGCCACAUCCGCCGCCAUGGCGUCGACAAGCUCAAGCUCCUGCGGCUCGAGAGCAACCACGGCAAGGGCGGCGCCGUCCGCAUGGGCGUGCUCAAGGCGUCCGGCGAGAUCAUCCUCAUGGCCGACGCCGACGCCGCGACCAAGAUUGACGACUUUAGUAAGCUCGAGGCUCUCUGGACGACCAAAGGCAAGGGCGCGACCAGUGGCGUCGUGGUCUGUGGCAGCCGCGCGCAUCUCGAAGGCGAGGCCACGGCCAAGCGCCACCCGCUGCGCAACGUCCUCAUGCACGGCUUUCACUGGAUCGUGGCGACGCUGUGCGUCAACGACAUUCGCGAUACGCAGUGUGGCUUCAAGCUCUUUGACCGCAAGGCUGCACAGCUGCUCUUCCCGCCGCUGCAUAUUGAGCGCUGGGGCUUUGACGUCGAGCUGCUCUACCUGGCGCACAAGCUGCGCAUUCCGUGCUACGAGGUUGCGGUGCGCUGGCAAGAGAUUCCCGGCUCCAAGCUCAACGUCAUUGACGCGACCUUCUCGAUGCUGCGCGAGAUGCUGCUCAUCCCGCUUUGCUACAACCUCGGCGUCUGGCGCACGAACGACGGCGCGUAUCGGUUGCAAGCAUAA